AUGAACAAGUUCACACAGUGCCAUUACAUUGAGUCAUUGGAUUUUGUGUUCGUCAUUUCUAGUGAAAUGAUCCAACUACCUUGUCGCAUUCCUGGUUGCAAACGGGUCUUCAAAAAUAAGUCGGGCCAAAUGAAGCAUGUACGCACAGCGCACAACAGGCCUUUGCGCAAUCAUGCAACCUUCCAUCAAGCAGCUCCUGACCUUCGCUCUCCAAGUCCCCAGAAUCCUGCCUUCGAUGAUCAGCCCCCAGGUCCCCAGCACCAUGGUAUGCUAGAGGAGGGUGUGCAGUUGGGGCCUCUGUUCUGGAUGUUCCACCCUCUUCUUACAGGACAAAAGUGUGAUGUUCAUGGCAACUUUAUUGACCAGAAUACACCCUCACCACCCAGAACUGAAGCAUCACCCACUGACUGGACCCCAUAUGAGAGCCGGGUUGCAUUUGAGACGGCAGAGUUCCUUUAUACACGUAACCAAAUGUCUGCAGGUCAAAUUGACACUCUUCUUGACCUCUGGGUGGCAACACGUAUUCAACACAAUGACAGUCCUCCCGAUGUUGCCUGGGAGACUUUCACCAUGUCUUACAAUGGACUCAAACCAGCUGAGGAUAUUCCACCCUGGAUGACUGCUAAAUACAAUGUCUGGUUCUGUGAUCCGCAUCUCCUCAUUCAUCACAUGCUUUCCAACCCUGACUUCCACGCUGAGAUCAAAUACAUCCCAUAUCAGGACUAUACUAACAAUGAUCAGCGUUGUUAUAAGAACUUUUUCUCUGGUGAUUGGGCUUGGAAGCAAGCAGAUAUUAUUGUGGAGGAUCCAGAAACCCACGGAUCAACCUUUGUGCCUCUAAUUAUCGGCAGUGACAAGACUACCGUCUUGAUAGCUACAGGACACACCGAGUAUCAUCCACUCUAUCUGUCAAUCAGAAACAUUUUCAAUGGAGUUCAGCAUGCACAUCGCAACAGUGUGGUACUGGCAGGCUUUCUGGCUAUUCCAAAAAGCACCAAGGAACAUUUGGACGACAAAGACUUUCGCAAUUUCCGCCGUCAAAUGUUUCACUCCUCACUCGCCAAGAUAUUUGAGUCUGUGAAGUUGAAUAUGACGAUCCCUGACACUGUGCGCUGCCCUGAUGGCCAUUAUCAAUGUAUCAUCUAUGGGCUAGGCCCAUACAUAGCCAAUUAUCCAGAGCAACUCAUGUUUUUGGGAGUUGUACAAAACUGGUGUCCGAAGUGUUUAAAUCAUCAUAAGAAUCUUGACGGCAACAGCCCAUCUUUACUCCGGUGCCAAGAACACACCGACCUCCUGGUUCAAGAACUCCAACAUGUUCACCUCUGGCAUGAAUAUGGCAUCAUUCAAGAGGUCAUGCUAUUCACAAAUAAUUUCCCUCAAGCCGAUAUCCACAAACUUAUCUCUCCAGACAUCCUGCACCAGAUCAUCAAGGGGACCUUUAAAGAUCACCUUGUCAACUGGGUGGAAGAUUAUUUGAUCACAGCAGUUGCUCCUUUUGCAGGCUUACAGCGCUUUCCAGAAGGGCAUGGAUUUAAGCAGUGGAUGGGUGAUGAUUCUAAGGCGCUGAUGAAGGUAUAUAUACCCACCAUCAAAGGUUAUGUUCCUCGAGAUGUCAUUCACGCAUUUAGCCCAUUUCUCAACUUCUGUUACAUAGUUCGACAAGAUACGCUUACAGAGGAUGACCUCACCCAACUUCAAGAUUCACUCAGCCGUUUUCACCAGUACUGCCAAAUCUUCAAGAUGACAGGAGUUGUGCCAGACUUCUCAUUUCCACACCAACACUCUCUUAACCACUAUUUUCUCAUGAUCUGGCUCUUUGGUGCCCCAAAUGGCCUUUGUUCAUUGAUAACCGAGUCGAAGCACAUCAAGGCCGUUAAAGAGCCCUGGUGUCACUCCAGCAGGUACAAGGCAUUAGGCCAAAUGCUGAUCACAAAUCAACACCUCGAUAAAAUAGCAGCAGUGCGAAGCGACUUUGAAGCUCAUGGCAUGCUUCAAGGCUUGUGUGUAUCUGACAAUCAGUCCGCUGAGGGAGAUACAGCUGACAUAGUUGAUGGACCUACUGUCCAGGCUCACGUGGAACUUGCUGUGAUGCCCAGUGGUGCACAUGAUGUCUCUGCACUUGCGCUCGAUCUCGAUCUUCCAGACUUCCCCAUAAUGAUCCAGCAGUUCCUUUACAACCAGCUUCAUAUUGAAGACCAUGAGGCCCCUGAUUUCGACCCAGUGACAGCACCAGCUUUCAUGGGCCAAGUUUCGGUUUUCAGCUCAGCAGCAGCAUCAUUCCAUGCCCCCAGUGACCUCAGUGGCACUGGAGGCAUGCGAUGCGUGUUACAAUCAAGUCCUGCUAGGAAUGACUGUGUAUUUGUCAGUACGAACGAGGAGGUCAAUUGUGGCUUGGAUGGACUUGCUGUCACAAGAGUAUUGUGCUUUCUCGGCUCCAAGUACCAGACAAAAUACCUCCGGGAUCCUGACACUGGAAUGUACAUUGUUGCGCCAUCAACUACUGAUGAUGGCACACUGGAUAUCUCAAUCAUCCAUAUUGAUUGUAUAUUCUGUGCAGCUCAUCUUAUUCCUAUCUAUGGUACCAAUUCUUUGCCUCACAAAAUCACCCCUCAUGACAGCUACAAUUAUGCUGGCCAUCAUGCAUUUGAAGUAGCAUGA